GACUUCACUCCGAUCCUCCUCCGUUAUUGUCCGGCCGGCGGCCAAAUCUCUCCACUUUGCACUUUUGCCCUAGUAUAGCCGCUACUGGAAGACUGGAACGGUGGUUCUUGCGUAAAACAAAAGGUGAACACAAGUAACUUCCCGGCGAUAUACGGAGAUGUCGUCGUUUAAGAAUGCUAUUCCAAGGCGAGCUCACAAGGAGCGUUCUCAGCCAGAAUCGAGGAAGAAAUUUGGACUUCUCGAGAAGAAAAAAGACUAUGUUAAGCGCGCACAAGCUUACCACAAAAAGGAAGAAACCUUACGGAAACUCAAGGAAAAGGCUGCUUUCCGGAAUCCAGAUGAAUUUUACUUUGGGAUGAUUAAAUCGAAAACUGUUGGUGGAGUGCAUAGACCAGAGAGUGAAGCAAAUAAAUACACUCAAGAAGAGCUAAUGUUGAUGAAAACUCAAGACAUAGGUUAUAUUCUGCAGAAACUUCAGACUGAGAAGAAGAAAACUGAAAAGCUUACUGCAAUGUUACACUCUCUUGAUAAUCAGCCAUCAAAUAAACGUGUCUAUUAUGCUGAGGACAGAGAGGAGGCUGAAGAGAUCAAAUCAAGAAUAUCUGAACAUCGUAACAUGCCAACGUCCGAUGACUUGCCUGGCAGUAUUAAAAGGAAAAUAGCUUCUUCCUACAAAGAGCUUGAGGCAAGAAACAGCAGAGUGAAGACUCUAGAGAAACUAUACAUGGAUAUGGCCAUGCAAAAAGAGUUACAGAAAAAGGGGAGAAAGCGCAAACUUCGCGAGGAUGAGAUUGUAACCCCAAACACAAAACCAGUUUUCAAGUGGCGGCCAGAAAGGAAGCGAUGAAAUUUUAUACACGUGAAGUUUCCAGUUUAUCAUCAUCACUAUAAACAUCUUGCGGAGUUGCCAUGUGAUCAGAAGUUUUGUAUGACAAGUAUUGGAAUCUAUAUAGAUGUCAUUUUGUAGGUUUUUCACAUGUUAACUAGGCUCAACUGUACAAGAAAUAUUUGUGCUGGCUUGGCAAUACUACAUCUUUUGUUAGAUUUUCUCUCUGUAAUAGAUGCUGGAAGCAAGUUCAGGUUUUGGAUUGAAGGUUCCUUUUCCUUAUACAAAUGGUUUAAUACAUGAAAUUA